AUGAAGCAUUGGCUCGAUUCACUGUAUUCGGCUUCACCAGAUACUUCGUAUGAAGACGACUCGAUGAGUAAAUCAUUUCUGUUAAAUGACAUUUACAGUAGCACUGAGAGUGAGGAUAACGACGCUGACGAUGAAUAUUCAAUGCGAGCA